AUGGCCUUUUGGAACAAGAAUAAGAAGCGAGGCAGCGUCAACGUGUCGGUAAAAAGUGUUGAGCCAUUACGGGGUAUGGAACAUCCUGAACCGUCCUACUCACUUCCUGAUUACGAAAAAAAAGAUCUGGCAUACAAGAAGCAGAUAAGAAUUUUACGUUUCAUAUCUCGAUUCAUCACACUCAUCCUUAACGUGGCAAUGAUGGGCACCAUGUCCUUCUCCCUUUACAAAUACUUCACGACGAAGAAUUCCAAAGCAGGAGGUCAAUCCGCAUGGAAUCAAGGCACUGUCAUCUGGCCUUCGAUUAUGGUUCUCGCUAUCGCAACAAUUACAUUCGUCCUUAAUCUUUCGACUCUUAUUUCGUACUGUUGCAGCGGCGUCAAGACUGCCAACAAGAUUAGCAGCGUGACGAGUGUCUUUGGAUAUGUGGUUAUGCUAGCACACCUUAUCGCAUGGGCUACUGUGGCAGGAGUUUUCAGAGCUCUGAGAAAUGGAGAGGAUAUCUGGGGAUAUACAUGUAGCGCGACGGCAGAUGCUAUUCAAGAACAAGUCCAAAGUUUUGUCAAUUUUGGGAAGUUGUGUAAUAUGCAGCAAGGGACAUGGUAUGUCACUAUUGUCGAGGCAGUUGUCUACCUUCUUAGCUUUGUGUCACUUGUCAUGAUGACCCGUCGAGCAUCGCACAAGAAAAGGAUUAACCAGAUCCGGGAGAACAUGGCCAUGGAAACUGGCUAUGCACAUAAUCAGGGGCAGGGAUAUGACACUGGAGCGCGUGGAGAUGGUAAGAAGUAUAUGCCUAUUGCUUAA